AGCUUCAAAGUUGUUUUGUUUAUGUGUCAUAUUUGCCGUUAUUUUUCUGUAUUUAGCUCCAUGAAAAAAUGUGUGAUUUCAACGAUAGCCCUUUAAAAUUAACAGUAAAGUGGAAUGGCAAGGAGUUUGAUAUCCCGGAGUUCUCUCCGUCAGAUUCCGUAGCGAUGUUGAAGAUCGCAAUUGAAAAUGCCACAGGCGUCCGUCCGGACCGACAAAAAUUACUCAAUGUCAAGUUCCAGGGCAAAGUGGCAACAGACAACUACACUCUGGCCGAGUUGAACCUCAAGCCGAACCUCAAGAUCAUGAUGAUGGGUUCGCUGGAGGAGGCGAUCCAGGGGGCGCAGACCAAGCCCGAGGGGGGGGACGAGGUGGUUAACGAUUUGGAUAUUGAGGAGGAAGAGGUUGAUGUGGAGAAUCAAGAGAUAUACCUGGCAAAAAUAAACAAGCGUGUGAGAGACUACAAGAUUAAUAUACUCAAUGAGCCUCGGCCUGACAAGAAGCUCCUGGUACUAGACAUAGACUACACACUGUUCGAUCAUAGAUCCGUGGCAGAAACAGGUUACGAACUAAUGCGUCCAUUCCUCCACGAAUUCCUGACCUCCGCGUACGAAGACUACGACAUAGUGAUCUGGUCGGCGACCGGCAUGAAAUGGAUCGAAGAGAAGAUGCGACUACUGGGCGUCUCGACGCAUCAAGACUAUAAGAUCAUGUUCUACCUGGACUACUUGGCUAUGAUCACGGUGCAUACGGCCAAGUAUGGUACUAUCGAUGUAAAACCACUAGGCGUAAUAUGGGGCAAAUACCCCCAAUACAGCUCAAAAAACACCAUAAUGUUCGACGACAUCCGAAGAAACUUCAUCAUGAAUCCGAAGAGCGGUCUCAAAAUCCGACCGUUCAGACAAGCGCACCUCAACAGAGACAAGGACCGAGAGCUGUUACACCUGUCCACAUAUCUCCGGGACAUUGCCCAGUACUGUGAUGACUUCGAUACGUUGAACCAUAAGAAAUGGGAGAAAUACAAGCCGGAUAAGAAGCAUCAUGCUAGUAAGAGGAAAGCGGAAGAUAGUGCGCCGGGGACGCCUAAGGAAUGACGGUAGGCGUGCGUUUAUGUUUUAAAGUAUGAUUUAAUGUAGGCUUGUGCCUGCUCGGUCGCUACAGAGAGCGCUCCACUCUCGGUCAAUCGGUCAAACGAACUAGUUCGGUCUUUUAGUUCCUUUAGUUCAGUUCGGUCUUUGAGAGCUGGGAAUGUAUGAAUAUAUUUUUCCUUAGUUAUUUUUCAAAAUUUUUGGCAACUGAAUUACGAUUCCAGUUGUACGGUAUUAUGACGGUUAAACAUUAAAAAGCUAGACACAAUAAAAUAAAAUAAAAAAUAUAGAAAAAAUGUUUUUUUUUUUCAUACUUUUCAGGUUUAGGACUGUUUGUCACUCUUAUCUCGUUCGCACUCGUGCCAACGUCAUUGUGAACCAUUGCGAGUCUAUUUUCUGUUUCACUCAUGUCAAGCGCUCAUCAAUCCUACUGAACUAAAGGACCUAAAAGACCGAUUAAGAGCGUGCAAAAAGAUUUAGUUCCUUUCGGUCCUUGACGGGAUUUCAUUCUUAACAGUUCUUAGUUCAUGACCGACACAAGCCUAAUUUAAUGGGAUGUUACAAAAAUAGUAUGUCUGUC